CAAGCAAGAAGACAUUUCAUGGACACAGCUUUCUGAGCCUACACAGAAUCAAAUGAUUCACUCUUGAAUUCAUUCACAUCCAUACACACUCAAGCCUUGGAAGGACUAAGAAUUUUUGCAUUGACCAGAGGAAGAAAAUUAACAAAAGCUAUGGAGAACUCAACCCAAGUCAAGUUCUUUUAUCUCUUUGGCUUACAAGAGACAUUUAACAACAAAUCGGUCUAUUUUAUCUUGUCUCUUAUCACAUACCUUCUCAUCAUCACUGUGAAUCUGACUCUGAUCAUAACAAUCAUUCAGGAGAAAGGUCUCCAUGAGCCCAUGUAUAUCUUUCUGUGUAGUCUAUGUGUCAAUGGAUUGUAUGGAACCACUGGUUUCUACCCCAAGUUGUUACUGGACGUUCAGUCAGAUGUUCAGGUGAUAUCUUAUGGUGGAUGUUUGACUCAAGCCUAUGUAAUAUACACAUCUGUCAUGUGUGAAAUUUCUACUCUUACAGUGAUGUCUUACGACAGGUAUGUGGCCAUAUGCAGACCACUACUAUACCAUACCAUUGUGACAUCUUUAACUGUUAGAAAGUUACUCUUAUUUUCUUGGUGUUAUCCUUUAUUUGCAGGACUGAUUGCAGUUAGUUUAACCGCCAGACUUUCUUUGUGUGGAUCUCGCAUUGAUAAAAUCUUCUGUGACAAUCCGUCUAUACUGAAACAUGCAUGUUUACCCAUAACCAUCAAUCAGAAUUUGAACAAAUGUUUGAUAGUGGUUCAUGUUUUACAGAUAUUUUUCAUUGUAUUUUCUUACAGUCAGAUUGUAAGGACUUGUGUAAAGUCAGCUAAGGGAAGGAUUAAGUUCACACAGACAUGUGUGGCACAUUUAAUAACAAUAUUUUUGUUCAUCACAGUGACCCUGUUUGACAAUUUGCAAGGGUGGAAUAAUGUAAAUAUUACACUAAAUAUGCGUAAUGCAAUGGCCAUACAAUUCCUUGUUAUACCACCUGUCUUUAACCCUGUCAUAUAUGGACUUAACCUCCAGCAGAUUCGAAGGGCAGUUUUUAGAAACUGUAAUGCACAUAAAAUCAUUGAUAUGAGAUGUUAGUUACAUGAUCCUACAGAACAGGGAGACUUCCUGAUAUCAGAAGCAAGGAUAAAAUGGGCCUUGGUCAACCAAGAGUAGUCUUUUCUUUCGACCAAUCGAUAUGUCUAAAUUUUUAAACAUGUAUUUCUCCAUACAGCCAUAUUUCUCACAUUCUAUGUGCCUAUUUAUCUUACCAUUUCUACCAACCUGCGUGCCAGUUAUGAUUUUCAUCGGCACAUAUUCGUGGAACAGUCUUUUUAUCUCAAAAUCAUUGUCUGUGGUUAAUCUACAUUCUACAAUCAUGGAUAUGAAAUGAUAAUUACAUGAUCUUACACAACAGGGAGACUUCCUCAUAUCAGAUAUCAACAAAAAUAAAGGUAAAAUCUGCCAAAACACAAGCGGCACAACUUUGGUUUUAGAAGUGUAGGGGGGUGGGACAUAACCUGGCAGGGGGUCUGGGGGUCCUCCCUAAAUUUUCUGGGGCAUCUAAUGCUAAUUUCCUGCAUUUCUACUAGUGCUGUACACAACAACAAAAACAUCUUGCUCGACCAAGAGUAGUCUUUUCUUUUGACCAAUCAAUUUCAUAGGCACAUAUUCGUGGAACAGUUUCAUUUAAUUUAUAAUAGUCUUUAUAUCUAAAAAGCAUUGUCUGUGGUUAAUCUACAGUCUACAAAAUGAAUCUAAAUGAAAAUGAUACAAAUCUAAAAGGAAAUUUUAGUGCCACUGCCAACUAUGUAAAAAUAGCCCACAUAAAGCCAACACAUAAAAACAAUGCAUCCUGCAGGCAGGAAAUAUACUGAUACAAAUAAAUAUCCUAUAAAUCACAUUGGCUACUCAUGGCCUGUCUGCAACAAACUCAAAACACUGUAUCAACUAUCAACUGGGUCAGUUAUUUUAUGACGUUUCCACUGGAUCAAAGCAUUACAUUUGUCCCUUUCUUGCUGAGUGGUUAUCAAAAGAGAGAGAGCUGGAAAUAUUGUUCAAAUACUUUGUGGAACUUUUGUCUUUGUUAACGGAUUGUAAUAACAGACUUGUUUACUUGCUGUUUGAGGUGUAGAAAAAUUACUUUGAGAAGCUCCACAGCUCAAUAGUGGUGGUGAGAUAAGACAUUCAGAAAUAGUAGGGAUAUAUAUAAUGGGCACAUUUAUAGGCCUACAUUUACACGCAGGCCAGGUAGACUAGUCGUACUUCUAUAUGCGUAAUCAGGUGCGAGUCCUUACUUAAUAAAAACAUUGAUAGGAGAGUUUCAAACAAAAAACUAUGAACAAAAUGAUAAAACUCAUAAAUGGAAUGAAAUAAACAAAAACGUAUUUCUCUCAAUAUAGCAUAGGUUAUGAGUUCUGCAAAACAAAUAUCCACUCCGACAUUGAGAUGGUAAGUUACCGUAACCAAAUAAACAUUGCAGAUUAGAAAUAUUGUGAAGUAAUGGUAAAUGUAGGCUGGUGAUAUUUGUAAUGGGGUAUUGAUAGAGGUGGCAAAUGCACACAAUGAAGUUAUGCAACAAUGAAUAUGGAGGAAGAGAGCCACAAUCCCCAUAUUCUUGAACGGUGGCCUCCCCGCAGCCUCUCAAUGGAUUAAUCCACGGAGACAUGCGCAAAUCAGAUAGGUGUCUCGUGUGCCAUAAAAAAAUCUAGAUUUUGUGACUGACUAAAAAAAAUGUUUCAUUACAGACCCCAUUUGUCAUACCCAGACCUUAUCAACAUUGUGCAGUAUACUCUUAAUCUUGUAAUAAAUCAAAUCUAGUGAUACAUCAUUUGGCAUUUCUGCCAUCCACUGUGACAUUGUGGGAGGAUGACCAACAUUCCAAUUUAUGUCAAUUCAUUUCUUAGCUGCUAUACAUGCUAUGGUUACACAGUUUCUUCUUUUAACAGCCUCCAGUAUCAACAUUUCCAAGCAAACAAAAACAGGGAAAGUGAGAAUCUGUAGACAUGCUGAGACAAAAGAACACAGUCUUUGCCGGAAUGUAGCCAGCUCAGAUGAGGCAUGACAAAGAAUUGCCUUGGUGUACAUUCAUACAUUAUAUUAUCCAAGAAUAGAGUCAAUGGUACAAUAAUUGAAAUGACCAUUAUUCCCAAAUCUCAGACUAUAGCCUAUCCAUCCACUCAAGAUGGAUCUUUGUAUCUAUUCACUGAUUGUUAUAAUAUACUGCAAAAUUCACCUGCGCUCUAAAGACUGGCCUUCCCUCGCUGUCUGAUCCUGCUAAGACAUGAUGAGCAUAGUGUUGUGUACUGACUGUGCACCAUGACAGUAAAGCUUUUAGAGCUGUUUAUACCAUGUCCGUGUGAAAAGUAGGGAACUAUAUAGGAAAACUGACAGAUCAAUAAUGUUACAUUGCUAUACUGACACUAAUAAAAACUCACAUUGCGCUCUCAAAAAACAUCAGAAUAUCGGUCUUCCAUCCAUUGGCUGCUGGUUCCAUUACAUACACAAAUCCAAAAAUAAUAUUUUUUUUAGGUUAUUAAGUUGUGAUCGAUGCAUUAUGUGCUUAUAACCAGGCCUCCAUAGUGUAUCUCUCAAAAUAAGUGUCACGUCCUGACCAUAGAAAGCUGUUAUUUUCUAUGGUAGAGUAGGUCAGGGCGUGCCAGAGGGGUUUUUCUAGUUUCGAUUUUCCAUGUUGUUUUGUAAUUCUAUGUUGGGCUUUG